AUGGAUGAGCGAACAAGAUUGCUACAAUCUUCAGUCGGCACUACAACGAAUUACAAUGCCUCUUCCACAGAAAAUAACCAGAAAGCGUGGUACUUUUCUCACAGUACCAGAAAAUGGAUAGCAGAAGUAUAUAGUAUAUGGAAAAUUCCUUUCCUUUGCUAUGUCUUUGCGUUGGCCGUGGACAUGGCAGAUGUCGUGCGUCUGACACCGAAGACACAGCUGUUCGAGACAAUAAUAUGCAAUGGAUACUACCAUGGCAAUGGACACGAUAGCAUGAUACCCUUGGGUAUCACAACUAACCCGUGCAAGGGUUGCGAAGUUCAGAGCCGGCUAGCAACUAUAAAAGCUCGCCUGAAAGUCAUUGAAAAUAUAUUUGCAUUAAUGCUUGCAAUACCAUUUGGGAACCUCGCGAACAAAAGGGGCAGAGUCUUUGUCCUUGCUCUGGGAACUAUAGGGCAGAUGUUGUCCGAAAUUUGGGUCUUGAUCGUGAGUUUGGCGGGGGGUUCAAUUCCCUAUGAAUCGAUAUAUAUAUCGUCUAUCCUCAAAUCAGCCGGGGGUGGAGGGAUCGUUAUUGCAGCCGUCGCACAUACAAUUCUUUCUGAUGUUGUUCCGGCAGACCGGCGAGCACAAGCUUUCUUAUACCUGGCGUCUGCCCUUCUCAUCACAGAAAUGGUUGCCCCUGUUCUGGCCUCUCUCCUGAUGCAGAAUUGGAACGUAUACGCUCCUCUAGUCCUUGGCUUGGUAUUCGAACUGUUCGGAAGUGCCGUGCUUUUUAUGAUCCCUGAGACAGCAAAACGGGUACAGGAUGGUGGAGAUCUCUCGAUAGACGACGGUUCCUUUGAAUCCAGGAGUGAGGAAAGAGAAAGAUAUAGCUUUUGGUCAGGUGUGAAGACAACAACCAAGCAUAUUAUUGCCCCCUUUGCUCUUGUCUGGAAGAUGAUCAGGGCCGACCGCAACAUCCCCUUCGUGGCCACUUCGUUCUUGGUCCUGUCACUGGGGCGGAACACCCUGGAGUUCCUGAUCCAGUAUACAUCUAAACGCUUUGGUUGGACUCUUGCUGAGGCAAACUAUCUGAUAUCUUUCAGAGCGGCAAUCAAUCUCAUCCUCUUUCUCAUUAUUCUUCCUGCAUUAACUAGGUUUCUCACCAGCAGGGGCAUGCAGUCUGCGCAGAUGGACUUAUGGAUUGCUCGAGUAAGCUCCAUAUUCAGCAUUGUAGGUCCGAUAAUGAUGGGCAUUUCACCGUCUCCUGGACUCCUAAUCUUGUGUCUGUCACCUCCUCUUGCCAGCCUACGAUCUCUUAUAUAUAGCUUGCUAACGUCCUCAAUUGCCUUAGCUCUUCUGUUGUUUACCUUCUCGUUUGGUUUUCAUCCUGCAAUAAAGUCGUAUGCCACUUCACUGGUAUUGCCGAACGAUGUGGCAACUCUGUAUGCAUCAUUUGCCGUUAUUAGCAUCAUAGGAGAACUAGCUGCUUCUCCUUUAAUUGCAGCAACUUUCACCCUGGGCUUAAGUAUUGGAGGGGCUGCUCUGGGUCUCCCGUUUUUCGUGACGGCAGUACUUUUUCUUGUCUGUGGAAUCGGUUCUUUUUGUGCCCAGAUGCCAAACUUGGAUGAUGAGUUGUAG